CUCGGUCUUCGAAUGUUUCGCCAGACUGCGCGUCUGAGGUCUCCUGUUCCUAAGGAGGACCAAGUCGGCCAUACCGUCUCGCAGCGACUUCGCAAGCUCAAGAAUAUCCCUCCUGAGUUGAUUCCCCUUGGUCUUGUCGUUGCAUUUGCCGUCGCUGCUGGAACCUAUUCUUGCGUCCGCCAUCUCACGACCGACAGCACCAUUCGUCUCAAGCGCCAGGGUGGUUCACCUACGAACGAGGCUCUCGAACAUCAUUAAGUCUAGGCGGACGAGGGCAUAUAUGGGCAGAUUUCGUACGACACCAAGGUGCUGUUAGGGGUGCUGUCGGGGGCGAUAGAUUGUAUAUGUUGAGCGAAAACACUUAGGGUCUCACUGGAGCCAGAAAUAUCGCAUUCCAUUUGUCUCUCUCAACCCGUCUAAAUGACGACAACAACCAUGAAACCUACAUCAUUUAUCCCUCUAAACGCCACUGCUAUGCAAAGACCGGUCAUAUUGC